AUGGGAGGCUUCAACAAACUCACAGACUUGGCCCAGCAACUCGCCGGCAAAGACCAAGGCAAGAAGGAUCAGCAGCAGGACUCGUCAACUUCCCAAACUAUGACGACGACUGCUACUGCAAACAACCAAGAAUGGGCAGACGUCGGGUCAGCCGCCAAAAAGGCCUCUGCUGGCUUUCAGGCGGAUCAGGCUGGCGGCAAGGGACCUGCUUAUAUAGAGAUUGGGGUUGUUGCGCAGAGGGCUUUUACGGCUUAUAACCAUGGCGAUUGUGGCGGCGGUGGCGAUGGUGAGGGGGGAAAGAAGGAUCUUGCUGAGAUUGGGAAGGGGAUCGCUGCUGGGUUUGGCGGUGGUAGUGAGAAGACGAAGGAGGAGGGGGAGUUUGGGGGAAAUGAUGGAAAGUUGAAGGCUUGGGAUGGUACUGGUGGAGGUGAAAGGUUGGGUGAAGAGAAGCAGACCAACGUUCAAGGUGAUGAUGGCCUGGCCGUUUCGAAGUCGAAUGCCGGGGAUACCACCGGCCUGGCGAGCAAGACACUGCCUGGAGGUGAACUGCAUUGUUCUGCCGAGAAGAAGACAUUGGACUCUUACACCAAGCGAGAGGCUGGUAACGGUACCGAUAUUGAGAAGGGCUGCUUGGGUGAAGAUGAGGGUGUCUUUACCGGUGAUGAGGGGGCCAAGACCGACGUUGCGAGCAGCGGCGAGACGAUGAACUCCGGGCAAGGACGCGGUCGUUCGGCACAGCAGCCUGUUGGCGGUACCGGUGACGAAGAAAAGACUCUUGGGAAUCAGCCGCCAGACUGUUUCGAAACAGAGGCGCAGCAUGAUCGUCACUAG